AUGGGGGCUGGAGUGACUGGAGCGUGGGUGAUCGAGGGUCCUUCCAACCAUUCCCUAGGAACGACCUCCCGGCUCCGCUCUUCCCCCUCUCCGUACCAAUCGGUUAGCGGUCCUCGGUACAACCCGCCCCAAGGUUCCGACGCUGCCUGUUCGCUGGCCCCGAUUCUCCAUCACUGCUCGGCUUGCUUGGGUAAGGAGGUCCACGUCGGCAUCCCAGGGAAAUCGCAGGCCGAGCGCUGCGGGGCGGAGCCGGAGCCGGAGCCGGAGCGGGGCAGGCGGGACUCGGGAGCGGCGCGGCGCGGGCGAGUCAUGCAGGUGCUGCCCCGCCGAGGUCCAGAGCGCGCCGCCAGGGGCUCCUCGGGGGCCGCCGGGCUUGCGGGCUCGGCGCAGGCGGCCGCGCAGGGGCUGCUGAAGUUUGUGCAUCGGGGCCCCUCCCCGUAUCAUGUGGUUGCCGAGUGUCGGAAUCGCCUUCUUCAGGCUGGUUUUCAGGAAUUAAAGGAAGCUGAACACUGGGAUAUCCAGCCUGACCGAAAGUACUUUGUGACCAGGAACUUCUCAACAUUGAUUGCUUUUGCUGUGGGAGGCCAGUACCAGCCAGGCAAUGGUUUCAGCUUGAUUGGUGCCCACACAGACAGUCCAUGCCUGAGAGUGAAGCGACGCUCAAAGCGUGGGCAGGAGGGCACAAUUCAGGUGGGCGUAGAGACCUAUGGAGGUGGUAUCUGGAGCACCUGGUUUGAUCGGGACCUCACAGUUGCUGGAAGAGUCAUUAUCAAGGACCUGGCUACAGGGCGGCUGGAGCAGCAGCUGGUGAAGGUGGAACGCCCCAUUCUCCGUAUCCCACAUUUGGCCAUCCAUCUCCAACGCAACAUGAACGAGAGCUUUGGACCAAACACUGAGAACCACCUGAUUCCGAUUUUGGCCACAGAAGCCCAGGAGGCGCUAGAGAAGGAAGUGUCCAAGACAGGAACUGCUUGUACCUUUGCUGUCCAGAAUUGGCAUCCUCCAGCUCUGCUGUCCCUUCUUUGCUCGCAGCUGGAAGUGAAGCCUGAGCAGGUGGUUGAGUUAGAGCUUUGCCUGGUGGAUACACAGCCUCCAACCCUCGGUGGCGCCUUCAAUGAGUUCAUAUUCUCCCCUCGCCUGGACAACCUCCACAGCUGUUACUGUGCCCUGCAGGCAUUGAUCGAAUCCAGUGAAGGGCCUGGAGCACUUGCCAAUGAGCCUAACGUGCGCUUGGUUGCAUUAUAUGACAAUGAAGAGGUGGGUUCAGAAACUGCUCAAGGUGCCAUGUCUCUGCUUACUGAACUCGUACUUCGACGAAUCUCAGCCUCACCACAGAAUUUGACUGCAUUUGAGGAAGCCGUGCCCAAGUCCUGCAUGAUCAGUGCAGACAUGGCCCAUGCCGUCCAUCCCAAUUACGCGGACAAGCAUGAGAAGAACCACCGACCAGAGUUCCAUAAGGGCCCCACUAUCAAAGUGAACAAUAACCAGCGGUACGCAUCCACUGCAGUCACAGAGGCACUGGUCCGUGAGAUUGCCAGCCGUGUGGAUGUACCCCUGCAAGAAUACAUGGUUCGGAAUGAUUCUCCCUGUGGUACAACCAUUGGGCCCAUCCUGGCCUCCAGGCUUGGCUUGCGUGUUGUGGAUAUGGGCUGCCCACAGCUAGCCAUGCACUCCAUUCGCGAGAUGUGCUGCACCUCGGGUGUCCUGCAGUCCAUCACUCUUUUCAAGGGCUUCUUCGAGCUGUUUCCCGCACUGGAUCAUGGAUUGCUGAGCAACUGAAUGGCAUCUCAAAUGCAGAAGGAGGCAAACAGCCCCUUCUUCCAUACUGGAUAGCAAUUAAAACACAUUAAUAUCUUAUACUAGUGACCUCUGUGGUGUGCAGGACUUGCUGACUG